AUGGGUUCCAGCUUCAAAAUCUCAUUUUCUCUUCUUUUGUGUCUUUUGGUUUUGGUUCUGGUUCUUGUUCUUCCCUCUUAUGCACAAAACUCCCCACAAGACUACCUAAAUGCACACAACGCAGCCCGAGCCCAAGUGGGUGUUGGACCCAUGACAUGGAACAACAAUCUGGCUGCAUAUGCUCAAAACUAUGCCAAUAAAAGGUUGGGUGAUUGUAACCUCAUCCAUUCUGGGGGGCCCUACGGAGAGAACCUCGCCAAGGGUAGUGGUGCCUUUACUGGAGUGAAUGCCGUGAACCUAUGGGUUGGAGAGAAACCUUUCUAUGAUUACAAUUCCAACACUUGUGCUAGUGGUAGGGUUUGCGGACAUUACACACAAGUGGUAUGGCGUAACUCUAAUCAACUUGGUUGUUAUAGAGGUCAAUGUCGGAACGGUUGGUGGUUCAUCAUAUGUAGUUACUUCCCUGCUGGUAAUAUUAUUGGACAACGCCCUUUUGACUUCCUUGAAGAUAUGUAA